AAUAUAUACAUCUUGAAUAUCAGUUAUAUUACAUUGUCCGUGUAUAACAACAUCGACAAGCAGAAGAGGGAGACGAUAGCGCUACACUGAUAAAGAUAGCUGGUGAGAGACUGAGAAAUGCAUGGCGUUGAGCAGCAAUCGCUGGAGCGAUAGAUAGAGAGACACGGGGAACGGAAGACAGCAGUGAAUAACACGAUAGAGGGGGAUAGGGAGACCGCAUAAGACAGGAGGGCAGGGAGAAGGGGAGACAACUAGCGAUAGCGCGACGGCGAGGCAAGAAGAUCGGGAUAAAACUGACAAUAAGAUAGAAAAACCGCGGGGACUAACAGUUUGCAAAGGACGGGGGGACAGGAGGUCCACAGGGAAUAAAGAGAAACCUGAUGAUGAACGAACGACCCGGGAUGGAGACGCAAGGGAGGUAUCUCACUUAAACUUCGCCUUCGACCUUGCCUUGGACGUCACCGGCGCCUUCGCUCUUGUCUGCCCCUUUACCUGCGCCCUGGCCUGCGCCCUGGCAUGAGCCCUGGCCUGAGCCCUGGCCUGAGCCCUGGCCUGCGCCUCAGCCUUCAAUCUGGUCAGGACUUCGGGGAGAUACGGGCAUGUCGCAUGAUGCUCCCGACACGCCGCCGUCCCCUUCAACACUACGCCACAAGGUUUGCAAGAAUUGCAUGCGGCAUUUUGCAAGUGCCUGGUCAAGGCAUCUCCCCUGGACGCCUUGCUGUCGCACAAAGGGCAGUGCUCCGAGGUAUCCAGAUGGCGCUUGCUGUCCAGGUGUCUGGAGAGACCGCGGACCUGCGGACGCAUUUUACAAUCCGGCCACGGGCAGCUGAUGGAUAGCGUAGAUGAGCGGGGGACCUGCCCAUUGAGAUGUUGGUCAAGUAUAUGAUCCACCAUCGCCUGGCUAUCCUUCUUGACCUGCGCCUUACAGCCUUGGGCCGAACAAACAACCCAGCCAACACCUAGGGCAGACGGUCGG